AUGGAAAUCCUUGAAAAGUCCAACUAUAACCUAAGUCUUAGCUUCCAAAAGGAGAUCACACAGCUUCAAGCCUACCAAAGAAAAAUAGAUGUGCACAUUGAAAUGUUGAAGAACUUGACAAGAAGAGUGCAGAUCAUGCAGAUGGGAAGAGUUGCCUACACUGAACUUGAGUUUGAACUGAUAAAGACAGAGAUCACACAAAUGGAGGCCAUAGUGCAGGAGCUCCGAGCUUCACUGAAUGGGUCUAAUGAGAAAGUGGAAGCACUGUAUGCAGAGGUUCACAACAUCUCUGUCACGGUGAACCAACUGGAAAACUAUGAUAAAAACAAUGUCUUGGCAGUCCGAAGGGAAAUUGCUUCCUUACAAAGACGUUUAGAGGAAUGUAAGCAUAAUCAGACACAGCAGUCACCUUUUCAAGUGGAGUAUGGUAAGUUUGGCUCCUGUGAACAUGGUGGGAUCAUGAAUAUUAGCAAGCCACUUGUGGUCCAGCUGAACUGGAGAGGAUCUGGCUACAAAGCUGGUGGAUGGGGCAAAGAUUCAUUUUUUGGAUCAACUGAAAAAGGAUACUGGGCGUCGAUGCUUGAAAACAAUGCACUGAAUUAUUUCAGUAGUGUACGGCUAUACAACUCCUAUGAUGACCUCCUGCUGUACAAAAACUACCAAGAUAAAACUGCAUCUGAUUCUGGCAAUGGAGCUGGAAUGAUAUUGUAUAACAAUUCAUUGUAUUAUAAUUGCUACAAUAGUAGAGACAUCUGCAAGCAUAACAUGGUCACAAACAAGUUAGAGCGUAAGACCCUCCCAAAUGCAGCCUACAACAAUAGAUUCCCCUACUCUUUUUCUCAGUAUCAAGACAUAGACAUGGCCAGUGAUGAAAAUGGCCUUUGGGUUCUUUUUUCAACAGAAGAAGCUCAAGGAAAUAUGGUUAUUGGAAAGCUGAAUUCCAGUACUCUUGAACUAAUAAAAACAUGGACCACCACAGUCUACAAACCUAGUAUGUCCAAUGCUUUUAUGGCUUGUGGGACCAUGUAUGCCACACGAGUUACCAACACUCGACAGGAAGAGAUAUUUUACAUGUAUGACACCAACACUGAAAAAGAGGCUAGAAUAAGCAUCUCGAUGGACAAGAUGACUGACAACAUUCAAAGUUUAUCCUACAACCCCAAUGAUCACAAGCUAUAUGUGAUGAGUGAAGCCUAUGAAACCGAGUAUGCAGUGUUCUUUAAAUCUCUCUCGAAAGAGAAACUUUAA